CGGGCGCCCGGAUGUGAGCGAGAUGCCGGCCGGAGCUGGCGGUGAGAUGGGGGGCGGCUAGGGGAGCCUGCUGCGUGACACCGGGACCGGCUGCCGGCAUGGAGGGGCAGGAGGAGCGGGGAGGAGAGACGAACUAUGCAAGUAGUGCCCGGAUACCACUUGCUAUUGACGGACCAGCAUUACAGGCCAAAGGUCCUGCUCCAUCCAAACAAACUGUCCUAUCUUGGCAAGCUGCAAUUGAUGCUGCUAGACAAGCCAAGGCUGCCCAAAAUAUGAGCAGCACUGAACCACUGCCGGUCGGAUCCCUUUCCCAAAAAAAACGCCAGCAGUAUGCCAAGAGCAAGAAACAAGGUGGAGGCUCCACAAACAACAGACCAACCCGUGCCCUGUUCUGCUUAUCACUCAAUAACCCAAUCCGAAGAGCCUGCAUUAGCAUAGUAGAAUGGAAACCAUUUGACAUCUUUAUACUAGUUGCUAUAUUUGCCAAUUGUGUGGCCUUAGCUGUUUAUGUCCCGUUCCCUGAAGAUGAUUCCAAUUCAACCAAUCAUAACCUGGAAAAAGUAGAAUAUGCCUUCCUGAUCAUUUUUACAAUUGAAACAUUUUUGAAGAUUAUAGCAUAUGGAUUAGUAAUGCAUCCUAACGCAUAUGUAAGGAACGGGUGGAACUUACUGGAUUUUGUAAUAGUAAUUGUAGGGUUGUUUAGUGUAGCUUUGGAACAAUUAAACUUUGGACCCAAAGAAGUAGAAGGUGCAAAUCAUUCGACAGGCAAAUCAGGGGGGUUUGAUGUUAAAGCCCUCCGAGCUUUUCGUGUUCUGCGCCCGCUCCGAUUAGUGUCCGGAGUUCCCAGUUUACAGGUCGUCCUGAACUCUAUCAUUAAAGCCAUGGUGCCCCUUCUCCAUAUCGCCCUCUUGGUGUUAUUUGUAAUUAUAAUUUAUGCUAUAAUCGGACUUGAGCUUUUUGUUGGAAAAAUGCACAAGUCAUGUUUCUUUCCUGGCUCUGAAAUACUUGCUGAGGAAGAACCAGCUCCUUGUGCAUUCUCAGGGAACGGGCGCGUGUGUCCGGUUAACGGUUCCGAAUGUAAAAGUGGAUGGCCUGGACCAAAUGGCGGAAUUACGAACUUUGAUAACUUUGCCUUUGCAAUGUUAACUGUAUUCCAGUGUAUCACCAUGGAGGGUUGGACAGAUGUUUUAUACUGGGUAAACGAUGCCAUAGGAUGUGAAUGGCCUUGGGUCUAUUUUGUUAGUCUUAUCAUCCUUGGCUCAUUUUUCGUUCUUAAUCUGGUACUUGGUGUACUUAGUGGUGAAUUCUCCAAGGAAAGAGAGAAGGCAAAAGCCAGGGGCGACUUUCAGAAAUUACGGGAAAAGCAGCAGCUGGAGGAAGAUCUCCGGGGUUACUUAGACUGGAUCACCCAGGCUGAAGAUAUUGACCCUGAGAACGAAGAAGAGGGCGACGAAGAGGGAAAACGCAAUACGAGUAUGCCGACUAGCGAAACGGAAUCCGUAAAUACAGAAAAUGUUGGUGGCGAUGGAGAGGGUGGUGGCUGCUGUGGAAGCAUCUGUUUGUCAAUUUCAAAGUCUAAAUGCAGUCGACGGUGGCGCCGUUGGAACCGCUUUAAUCGUAGAAGAUGUAGAGCUGCUGUGAAAUCUGUUUCUUUUUAUUGGCUGGUCAUUAUUUUAGUAUUUCUUAAUACACUAACCAUUUCAUCGGAGCAUUACGACCAACCUGUGUGGUUGACACAGGUACAAGAUAUUGCCAAUAAGGUGCUACUGGCAUGCUUUACUUGUGAAAUGCUGGUGAAGAUGUACAGCCUAGGCCUACAGGCUUAUUUUGUCUCCCUUUUUAAUCGAUUUGAUUGUUUUGUGGUAUGCGGGGGUAUAACUGAAACCAUUCUGGUGGAGUUGGAAAUCAUGUCACCCUUAGGUAUAUCAGUGUUUCGAUGUGUUCGCCUUCUUCGGAUUUUUAAAGUCACAAGACAUUGGGCAUCUCUCAGCAACCUUGUAGCAUCUUUGCUAAACUCAAUGAAAUCCAUUGCUUCCUUACUUCUCCUGCUCUUCCUCUUCAUCAUAAUCUUCUCUUUACUGGGGAUGCAACUUUUUGGGGGGAAGUUUAAUUUUGAUGAGACACAAACAAAAAGAAGCACGUUCGAUAAUUUUCCCCAGUCUCUUCUAACAGUGUUCCAGAUUUUAACAGGCGAGGACUGGAACGCUGUAAUGUAUGAUGGCAUAAUGGCUUAUGGUGGUCCUUCGUCAUCAGGGAUGAUAGUUUGUGUCUACUUCAUAAUCCUGUUUAUUUGUGGUAACUAUAUCUUGUUAAAUGUCUUCUUGGCUAUUGCUGUGGAUAAUCUAGCAGAUGCAGAAAGCCUGAACACGGCUCAGAAGGAAGCAGCUGAGGAGAAAGAGAAAAAGAAAAGUGCUAGGAAAGAAAGUCUGGAGAAUAAAGAUGAAAAAUCAGACAACGAUCGUAAGAAAGUGCCAGACUCUAAGGUCUCGGUUGAUGAAGACAAUGAAGAGAAAGAGUGUCAGGAACCAGAAGAAGAAGAUGAAGAGGAGCCGGAGGUCCCAGCUGGCCCCAGGCCCCGACGCAUGUCUGAAUUGAAUAUGAAAGAGAAGAUAACACCUAUUCCCGAAGGGAGUGCCUUCUUCAUCUUCAGCAACACCAACCCAAUUCGCGUGGGAUGUCACAAGCUGAUUAACCAUCACAUCUUCACCAACCUCAUCCUGGUUUUUAUUAUGUUAAGUAGCGCAUCCUUGGCGGCUGAAGAUCCGAUUCGUAGUCACUCCUUCCGGAACAUAAUACUUGGUUACUUUGAUUAUGCUUUCACAGGGAUCUUUACCGUUGAAAUCUUCUUAAAGAUGUUGACAUUUGGAGCAUUCUUGCACAAGGGCUCCUUCUGCAGGAAUUACUUUAAUUUGCUGGACCUUCUGGUUGUAGGAGUUUCUUUGGUUUCAUUUGGCAUCCAAUCAAGUGCUAUAUCAGUGGUAAAGAUUUUGCGUGUGCUAAGGGUGCUCAGACCAUUGAGAGCCAUCAACAGAGCUAAAGGCCUAAAGCAUGUUGUUCAAUGUGUGUUUGUUGCCAUUCGGACCAUCGGUAAUAUUAUGAUCGUCACAACGUUACUGCAGUUUAUGUUUGCCUGUAUCGGUGUGCAGUUAUUUAAGGGCAAGUUUUAUCGCUGUUCAGAUGAAGCUAAACAGAUACCAGAGGAGUGCAAGGGGAAAUACAUUGUUUACAAGGACGGAGAUGUUAACAGCCCAUCCAUCAAGGAGAGACAUUGGCACAAUAGCGACUUCAACUUUGACAACGUGCUUAAUGCCAUGAUGGCACUUUUCACAGUUUCUACCUUUGAAGGCUGGCCAUCAUUGCUCUACAAAGCCAUUGAUUCGAACGGUGAAAACGUUGGCCCAAUAUACAACAACCGCGUGGAAAUCUCAAUCUUCUUCAUUAUCUACAUCAUCAUCAUUGCCUUCUUCAUGAUGAACAUCUUUGUUGGUUUCGUGAUUGUUACAUUUCAGGAACAGGGAGAAAAGGAGUACAAGAACUGUGAACUCGACAAGAACCAGCGACAAUGUGUAGAAUAUGCUUUGAAAGCUCGCCCAUUGAGGAGAUACAUUCCUAAAAAUCCAUAUCAGUAUAAAUUCUGGUACGUGGUCAAUUCCACUGGGUUUGAGUACAUCAUGUUUGUCCUCAUCAUGCUGAACACACUGUGCUUAGCCAUGCAGCACUAUGGACAAUCCAAAAUUUUUAAUGAUGUUAUGGAUGUAAUGAACAUGGUCUUCACUGCUGUAUUUACUGUAGAAAUGGUAUUGAAACUUAUAGCUUUCAAACCUAAGGGCUAUUUUAGCGAUGCCUGGAACACCUUUGAUUCUCUGAUCGUGAUUGGCAGUAUUGUUGACGUGGUUCUAAGUGAAGCUGAUCACUAUUUCACUGAUGCAUGGAACACUUUUGAUGCCUUAAUAGUUGUUGGUAGCGUCGUUGAUAUUGCGAUAACAGAAGUGAAUCCACCAGAAAUUGACCCAACUGGGCCACCAACGAGCUCAGAGGACAGCGCCAGGAUAUCUAUCACGUUCUUCCGUCUGUUUCGAGUAAUGCGAUUGGUAAAACUCCUCAGCAGGGGUGAAGGGAUCCGAACUUUGCUGUGGACCUUCAUUAAGUCUUUUCAGGCUUUACCCUACGUUGCUCUUCUGAUUGCGAUGCUGUUUUUUAUCUACGCUGUGAUUGGCAUGCAGGUUUUUGGUAAAAUAGCAAUGAGAGAUAAUACUCAGAUCAACAGAAACAACAAUUUUCAGACUUUCUUGCAAGCUGUCCUUCUAUUAUUCAGGUGUGCAACCGGUGAAGCUUGGCAGGAUAUAAUGUUAGCAUGUUUACCUGGAAAACGCUGUGACCCAGAAUCGGACUACAAUCCCGGGGAGGAAAACACCUGUGGGAGCAACUUCGCCAUUGUUUAUUUCAUCACUUUUUACAUGCUGUGUGCAUUCUUGAUUAUAAACCUUUUUGUUGCGGUCAUCAUGGACAAUUUUGAUUAUCUGACCAGAGACUGGUCUAUUUUGGGUCCCCAUCACUUGGAUGAGUUCAAGAGGAUCUGGUCUGAAUAUGACCCAGAGGCAAAGGGAAGAAUUAAGCACCUUGAUGUUGUGACCCUGCUCAGGCGUAUUCAACCACCUUUAGGUUUUGGGAAGUUAUGUCCACACAGAGUUGCGUGCAAGAGACUGGUCGCUAUGAACAUGCCAUUGAACAGUGAUGGGACAGUGAUGUUUAAUGCCACUUUGUUUGCCCUGGUUAGGACAGCCCUAAAAAUCAAAACUGAAGGAAACCUGGAACAAGCCAAUGAGGAGCUUAGGGCAGUGAUCAAGAAAAUUUGGAAGAAAACCAGCAUGAAGCUCCUAGACCAAGUCGUCCCUCCAGCUGGCGAUGAUGAGGUAACCGUGGGGAAGUUCUAUGCCACCUUCCUGAUACAGGACUACUUUAGGAAAUUCAAGAAGCGAAAAGAACAAGGACUGGUGGGGAAAUAUCCUUCGAAGAACUCCACAGUAGCCCUACAGGCUGGGUUGAGAACGCUUCACGAUAUUGGACCUGAAAUUCGACGGGCGAUCUCAUGUGAUCUGCAGGAUGAUGAGCCAGAACAGAAUACUCACACGGAAGAGGAGGAAGAUAUAUACAGAAGAAAUGGUGGCCUAUUUGGAAACCAUGUUAACCAUGUGGUGAAUGACAGACGUGAUUCCUAUCAGCAGACUAACACAAUGCGGCGGCCGCUACAUGUACAGAGACCAUCCAUUCGAUCUGCUAGUGACACCGACAAGUCCAUUUACUCUCACACAGGGAACUCUGUACAUCAUAACCACGAGUACACAGGAAAGCACAUUCCAAACUCCACAAAUGCCAACCUCAACAAUGCCAACAUGUGCAAAACCGCUAACGGAAAACACACCAGUCUCUUAGUUCAUGAUCACGCAUCUGAGAACGGCUUCUACUCAUACCCCAGGAAUGACUACGAAAAACCACGGAAGUCAAGUAUAAAGAGGAGCCGUUAUUAUGAGCGUUAUAUUAGGUCAGAAUCUGGAGACCGGAAUAUGCCUGUGAUCUUCCGUGAAGAUCCAAAUUUCAUCAAUUACAAUGAAGACCCGUAUUUUGAGGAAGGUGAAUACUACAGUGAGGAUGAAUGUUAUGAAGAAAACAGCAUGCUUUCAGGAAAAAGACCUAUAUACGAGGAACCUGUGCUGUACCAUGCAAAUGACUUGGACUAUGAAACUCCAAAAGGAUAUCACCAUCCCCAUAGCUUUUUUGAAGAAGAUGAUCCCCAAAUAUGCUUUGAAUCAAGGAGAUCACCAAGAAGAAGGCUUCUACCUCCGACACCCCCACCAAACCGCAGGUCGUCCUUCAAUUUUGAAUGCCUUCGCAGACAAGACAGUCAGGAUGAUCUCCCCCUGCCUUCUACUUUCCAUCACCGAGCUGCUCUGCCAUUACAUUUAAUGCAGCAACAGAUUAUGGCAGUUGCUGGGUUGGACUCCAGCAAAGCACAAAAACAUUCUCCAUGUCGUUCAACACGAUCAUGGGCCACCCCACCAGCCACCCCAAACAACCGGGACCGAACUCCUUUCUACACACCUCUAAUUCGUGUAGACAGAGCAGACUCCAAGGAGCAGAUGAAUGGAAGUCUUCCAUCCUUGCAAAGAUGUUCAUGGUACACUGAUGAUUCUGAUGUUUCAUACCGAACGUUUACACAAUCCAACUUAACUGUACCAGAAGACUUCAGGAAUAAACAAAGUGACAAACAAAGGAGUGCGGACAGUUUGGUAGAAGCGGUACUAAUAUCUGAAGGCUUAGGCAGAUAUGCCAAGGAUCCCAAGUUUGUGUCGGCCACAAAACAUGAGAUUGCAGAUGCAUGUGACAUGACCAUUGAUGAAAUGGAAAGUGCUGCAAGUAAUCUUCUCAAUGGAAGCAUUCGUAAUGGAACAGCAGGGGGCGACAUGUUUCCUAUUUUAAGUAGGCAAGACUAUGAACUCCAAGACUUUGGCCCUGGUUACAGUGAUGAAGAACCAGAGGCCAAUAAAGAAGAGGAGGACUUAGCUGAUGAAAUGAUAUGUAUAACAACUUUAUAGUAUUUAAUAAAAGGAAAAAAAAUACUCUGAGAUUUCUAGAAACACAAAAAAGUGCCUCACAGUCUAUGAUGCAUGGCACUAGUAGGCGACUACUCAAAAUCUAUGUUGUCACAUGUGGACGAAGCCAUGGAGGAACGUGAUGCAACAAAAGGAGAACAUAUACUUCACUUGAAUUUCUCUGCGACAGAAUGGCUGCUUUCAGAGCGGAUUACAUUUCCACAGUGUACGUUUUUCAUAUUUGUUUUGGGAAGGUACCAAACGAAGCAUUGUAUUAAUGCAGGGCAGAGGGGGGCUGUUACAGACAUGUUCAGAAGUUAAGUGUACCAAACGUCAGAGGAUCAGAAAUGCAAAAUGUGAUUUUUUUUAAACAUUUUUUUGGUGAUGACAAUCAAAAUGACCUCGUCAUUACCCUCAGCCAUACAUAUCUUGUGACAUCCUCAUGUGCUUACCAAAUUCCGUCCAUUUCUGAUUAUGGUUUACUUCAAUCAUGUCAAUGCCAAAAGGGACCACCACCAACAAUGCUCAUUGCUUGCUAAAAAAAAAAAACAGCAGCAAAAGGGUAAGCCCUUUAGAAGAGCAUAUGUUUCAAUUCUGUGCUUAAGAGAUUAUUAAAGUAUAACCAGGGUUAGUAUUUCUGAGUUUUGUAAGAUAGUUUAUAUGGCAAAUAUAUAUUUUGAAUAGUCAAUUUUUUGACUGUUAAAAUAAGGGCAAAUGACACUGGAAUAACUUGCGUUCGUGUGAAUGCAGCGGGAACCAGGAGGACUCUGAUGGCCAUUUAAAAAAUGGUGAGCUAGAUUUUCUGUAAAUGAUCUGUAUUAUACUCUAAUUUGUAUUUGUAAAGAGAUGUUCUAUAUUUUGUAAUCAUUGUAUGGUAAUUGAAAUUCAGCAAUAUUAAUGGGUUCUAAUUUAACGUAGUUCUCCAUGAAAAAUGAUAAAUACAGAUAUUUUUUUCUGAGGCUAUAUAUAGGUCUAGGACAAUAUAUAAAUAGUUGCAAAUGAGGAAUUAAGUUAAAUACUUUUCAAAUCAAAAUUUAUGAGACAUAAAUCAGAGUGCAAAAGAUUUUUAAGAAGUAUUUUAUGUCAAAUAUAAUAUAUAUCUUUUAAUAAGAUAUGCAAAUAUUAGAAAUUCUAUGGAAAUUAAUUUUUGAAGUGUUUUUUUUCUGUUUUCUUUUUAAAAUUAAUCUUCAACCAAAAAAUAAUUUUAAUAAAAUUGACUGAAUUGUUAAAAUUGUUAAUUUUUGUUUGCAACAUUACAAAACGUGUGAAUGUCCUUAACAUACGUCAUAACCUUUUGCAUAUCUGUUUGGAAAUAAAUGGUAAGAUUCAGUUAAUUAUUUUGGGGAUUGAGUGUGUGCUUGGUAUAGAGAGUUUCAAUAAUAUAUUCCUAAACCCUAAGAUUCUGAUUCCGUUUUUCAUUACAUUACAACUUGGCAGGUGUGGCUAACUGCAUAGUUAUAAUAUUGGCCUGACUGAGGACGAUAUUGGUUGUAAUUAAGCAACAGUCGUAGUGCUACCUGUUCGCCACCCCUGAAGGUAGGAAGCAGUACUGUCCCAGUGUUUCAUUGGGUGGACAGUGCUCCUAUUAAAUUAAAUAUGCUGCAGAACAAAAUCUGUAAUGUGUAUUAUUUAUAGACAGGUCCUAGUUAUCGUGUGACCAAUAUAACCCAUACCAUUUGGCAUCCUCUGCCCUACAAGUACUUUGUCCAGUUAUUAUCGGUGCAUCCCAUCUAGCUGCUAUUUCUUUUAUACAAUCUAUAGAAACUGGGUUAUUCACCAAUUGUGAAUUGUCUGAAAUUGAAACCAAAUUUUAGGCCCGAACUGAUGAACUGGAAUUCUACCUAACUGGAGAACUUUCCAAUUGGACUAUUCUGGCCUAAAAAUUACAAUUAAUUUUCACUUAAAGUAAAUAACCCCGAGUGACUUAGUGGUUAUUUUAGAAAGAGAAAAUAUCAGCAAUAGAUGUCUACUGCUAACUGUACAAUAGUUAAUAGAGCACAAAUAUAUACUUGUUGUCUUAAGUUAUUUUUAUGCUUUAUGAGAAGUUUAAAGGGACCCUAUAGGCAUCCAGACCACUUCAUCUCAUUGAGAUUGACUGGGUGCACUGUCCCUGACCCCUUAACCCUGCAACUGAACACCAUAUUUAUGCUUUUUUGAUUGGUGGCUCAUUCUGCAUAUUUGAAAUCUUUUCCUUAAAAACCUGAAAAAAGCCGAGAUUUAGAAUAGGCAGAGAUAUGGAAGAUUUGAUGUGGAGUUGCAAAGAGUGACAGUGACGAAGAUAUUUAUCAAAGUAUCCUGUUCUGCAGUGUUGUAAAGGUGUAGUUAUCACUAAUGAAACGCUAUUUAAUGUCACCUUCAUUGCUUCCUUGUAGAGUUUUGCACCAUUUAUCAGAGCAUUAUACUUUGAUGAAUCUCUCUCAUUUAUCCAGCUCAGAUUUAAAGUACGGUAUUUGAAUGGCUAGAUGGCUUCUAUGACCUGUGACAUUUUUAAAUUAGCAUUUAUUUUAAACACAAUUUAUAACUUGCACAUAAAACAACAACAAAACUUUAAUUUUAUCCAUGUGUCAGGGACACACAAAAAUAUUAUACAUCAACUCAUUCAUCCUAAGGAGAAUUGUAAGUUUAAGAAAAAUGUAUAGUAUGCCUUUUCUGUCAAACGGCUGGAUGAGGAGAAAACCAAGAAGCAGUAACUUACUGGGGUAAUGUGGAGAUGGGGCAGUCCAAAGGGGCAAGGCAAGUAGCUAGGUCAGACAGUCAAAGGUCAAAUAUCAGGCCAGCAAGGACCAAAAACGAGACAGGUCAGGGGUAAGAUACCAGGAGAUCAGGAACAGAAUUGUAGUCAGAUGUCUACAGCAAAUAGCACAGAAAAACUAAGCUAAUGACAGGUAAUCGGUUCUGGGUUUAAGCUGGUUGCCUUCACAAAGCCUCUGCUGAGCCCCUGUACCACCCUCUGUCUCUUUAUUGUAUUAUAGUGUUUGGGACUGCAAUGGGGAACUUUGAU